AUGAGAGAUCCCACCACCGAUAUGGAACCAAGCUCGCAACAAACGACCAACGGGUCGACAGGCUCUCGUCGGACUCCCCACAAGUCGGUCCGUGUUGCUUUUGGUCCUGAUUUAGAAACCACGAUCCCCGCCCGCGAAAGAUCCCCAGCCCCGUUGGCUGGUCACCACCGUUCCUUCACCACCGUGGAACACAGACAGCCUACACUCACACCGCCAGCAAGACCGACAAGCUCAUCGGGUGAUAAUAGUGCUGUCGGAGAGGCUCCUCCUCGUCGCCCAUCACCUCGGAGGUCAGAAAGUAGCCGACCGGCUAUGCUCAAACGGGCAAAGAGCGACUAUGGACCCAGCCGGAUUACUUUCGAUAAGGUAGCAGGCGAUGAUGAUGAAGACUUUGCCAUGCGACAUGGAUGGCAAGAAGAAUACACCUCAAGCGAAUAUCUCAAGAUCCUUCAUUCGAACUUCUACAUGUACUUCACCGAGAAGCGUCAUGAGACGAACGGUGUUCCCAGGGACCCUGUGGGGAGCUGGCCGAGCCAAGACUGGCGCAUGAAAGAUCGUCUAAAGACUGUCUCCGCGGCACUCGCCAUUUGUCUCAAUAUUGGUGUCGACCCCCCUGACGUGGUUAAAACAAACCCAACGUCCAAGCUCGAGUGCUGGGUAGACCCCACAUCCACUACUGGCGGCGGCCAAAACAAGAUCAUGGAGCAAAUCGGUAAGAAGCUCCAAGAGCAGUAUGAGACUUUGAGUCUCCGCACCAGAUAUAAGCAAUACCUCGAUCCCUCGGUGGAUGAGACUAAAAAGUUCUGCAUCUCCCUUCGCCGAAAUGCGAAGGAUGAGCGAGUCCUGCUACAUUACAACGGACAUGGAGUGCCACUGCCGACUCAGUCCGGUGAAAUCUGGGUUUUCAACAAGAAUUACACUCAGUACAUACCGGUCCCAUUGUAUGAUCUCCAAUCAUGGUUAGCUGGGCCCAGUCUUUUCGUCUUUGAUGUGUCGCAUGCCGGUAAUAUCGUCCAAAACUUCCACACCUUUGUCGACAAACACGAAAAGGAAAACAUCGAGGCCAAAAAACGAGACCCAAAUGCCGUUGUCCAAAACUAUGGUGAUUGUAUCAUACUUGCCGCUUGCCAAAAAGCAGAGUCUUUGCCGACCAACCCCGAUCUCCCUGCAGACUUGUUCACUUGUUGUCUGACAACCCCAAUCGAGAUAGCGUUGCGGUUCUUUAUCUUGCAGAACCCUCUCCGGACUGACAUCUCUAUUGACGACUUCCGGGUUCCCGGUCGACUCCAAGAUCGCCGAAGCCCUCUUGGAGAACUGAAUUGGAUCUUCACCGCCAUCACCGAUACCAUCGCCUGGAAUACGUUACCGCGGGCCUUGUUCAAGAAACUCUUCCGGCAGGAUCUGAUGGUCGCGGCUCUGUUCCGCAACUUCCUACUCAGUGAACGCAUCAUGCGCACUUACAAAUGCCAUCCUAUCUCGUCACCAGAAUUACCAGAAACACACCACCACCCACUGUGGAAGAGCUGGGACCUUGCCGUUGAGAUGGUUUUAUCUCAGCUUUCUGCUCUCAUUGACCAGGAAGAAGGGCGCCGGCAAUAUGAGUAUCAGCAUUCAACAUUUUUCGCUGAGCAACUCACUGCGUUCGAAGUCUACCUUUCGUCUGGCCCUACAGAGAAAAAUCCUCCAGACCAGUUACCGAUCGUAUUGCAGGUGCUUCUGAGUCAAGCACAUCGACUGCGAGCUUUGAUUUUGCUGAGCAAGUUCCUGGACCUUGGCCCGUGGGCUGUUCACCUUGCUUUGAGUAUCGGAAUUUUCCCUUAUGUGGUCAAGCUAUUGCAAUCAGCAGCCCAAGAGCUCAAACCCGUCAUGGUAUUCAUCUGGGCGAGGAUUAUGGCGGUUGACUACACAGUACAGAACGAUCUGCUCAAAGACAACGGCAUUCACUACUUCAUCUCAAUUCUGAACCCCACCUCUCCCAUUCCCGUUGGAAACGCCAGUGAGCAUCGUGCCAUGUGUGCCUUCAUCGUCUCGAUAUUCUGCAAGAACUACCCGCAAGGUCAAAACGUCUGCCUCUCGGGAGAGCUAUUCGACUCGUGCCUCAGACAUCUCAGCGAUGUUGAAAACCCGUUACUCCGCCAGUGGUCCUGCCUGUGUCUCAGUAUGCUCUGGUGUGAUUUCCCCGAAGCGAAAUGGAUGGGCAUCCGGUGUGCGGCUCCUGCCAGACUCUGUGAAUUGAACUUUGACCCGGUUCCCGAAGUUCGUGCCGCCAUGCUGCAUGCUGUCACCACCUUCUUGGGCAUUCCCGAUCUGACAGACCAGGUGGCUCAGAUUGAGGAAACCCUAGCCCUCGCAGUCUUGCCCAUGUCUUCAGACGGUAGCGUUGUUGUGAGAAAGGAACUGCUCGUCUUCUUCUCGACAUUUGUCCGACGCCAUCAAAACAAGUUCCUGGUCGCGGCUUUCGAGGAACUGCAAGAGGAAAAACAAUCUCUGCGUCAGCGUUUCGGAAACGAAAGCUCUCAAGCUGUUUCCACCUCAAAGCAACCCCAACUUUCAGCUAACACCACUUUCGGAACUAUCUGGAAGCAGUUGCUGGCGCUUUCAGUCGAUCCUCACCCCGACAUCGCCCAGGAUGCAGCUGUUAUCGUUGACUACAUCCACUUGGCUCUGUUGGAGUCCCCGAUGGCGUCUAUCGCCAACAAGCUUCAAACUGAGAUUUUGAACAUCACAGGCUUGUACAAAGUGCAGCCUCAUGAGCGCUCCGAAACAAAGAAAAUCGCGCCCCCAUCUACACCCCCCACCUCAUCGGCAGCAAACUCUAGACAGGAGGGCUAUCUCUCACUUGGUUUCAAGCGAACCGCCAGCGUUGCAGCCUCUCUGAAAAACCUUGCCUUCGGCAACUCGGCUAAUGGAGAGGCCCCGUCCGGUGGCUCUAACCCCCCUUCACCUUCAACAAGUCGAAUGCCGAUCACACCCCGGGGCAGAGCCCCUAUUGAGUGGACUCGACCCCCCGAGGUCAAUGACUCUGUUGCCCCUGCAACAGCAUAUCACCAGGCCCCAACACCCACAUCCCGUGGUUUCGAGCCUAAAGGGGUCGACGCCCUGCCCGUCAUCCCAUUGAAGAGCAGAUUCCUAGACUGGUCUACGGAAUAUUUCCGAGAGCCCCAGAUGAAACCCAACGAACCAGAUGAGCCAGGUAGCUCAGACUAUAACCAGCGCCUCUGGAGACGUGGUCGCAAUGAAAGAAUCAUUGCCGAGACCCAACCCCUCAAGGCCAAAGCCGGCGCGAGCCGAUGGGAUAACUCCGUCGCUCUGCUGUCAAACGGCAGCCAACCUCACAAGAUGUGUUUCCAUCAAUUCGAGGACCAUCUUGCGGUUGCAGAUGACCGAGACACUAUCGCCAUCUGGGAUUGGCAGAGCCAUAAGCGCCUGAAUCAAUUUUCGAAUGGCAACCCUGCCGGUUCAAAGAUCAACGAGAUCCGGUACAUCAACGAAGACGACCAGGCGCUUCUCAUGACUGGCUCUUCCGACGGUGUAAUCAAGCUUUUCCGCCACUAUGAAACCAACCAAGACAUCGAGGUUGUAACAGCUUUCAGAGCCCUCCCUGAGCUGAUCCCCAGCAAUCGAAAUGCAGGCCUCGUGCUUGAUUGGCAACAGGGCCAGGGCAAAGCACUUGUCGCCGGUGAUGUGAAGGUCAUUCGUGUCUGGAACGCCGCCACGGAAGUGUGCACAAACGAUAUCCCUGCGCGCUCCGGCUCCUGCAUUACAUCUCUAACUUCCGACCAGGUGGCCGGCAACAUCUUCGUUGCAGGCUUUGGCGAUGGUGCCGUCCGGGUCUUUGACCAGCGUUUGAAGCCAACCACCUCUAUGGUCAAGGUCUGGCGGGAACAUAAGCAAUGGAUCACCAACGUCCAUAUGCAACGUGGUGGACUCCGAGAAUUGAUCUCAGGUGGUCGCAAUGGUGAAGUCCGUCUGUGGGAUCUCCGCAUGGACAAUCCCAUCUCCACCAUAUACGCUACCAAGGACACACUUCGGACCUUGAGUGUUCACGAGCACGCCCCUGUCUUCAGCAUGGGAACGAACCGCCACGAAGUCAAGACCUUCAAUGUGGACGGUACCUACCUAUCCACAUUCGAGCCUUACUCGAGUUUCCUUGGCCACAACCGGUCAUCACCAAUCUCUUGCACGGCUUUCCAUCCUCAUCGGACCAUGCUUGCCUGUUCCGCGCUGAAUGAUCAUCAUGUCAACCUUGUGUCCUGCUAA